UCGGCGGGGCGCGGGGGGCGGGCGGCAGCCAGCGCGUCGGCAUAAAACGCGCGGCGCGCGCCCACAGCAGCAGACCCUCGCGGCACCGCGCACUCAACCGUUUGCUCUCUCUCUCCGCCUCUCCGCCCCCUCCUCCGCUCAUCGCAAUGGCCGUGGCCCUCAAGAGCGUGCUGGUGAGCGACGCCGUCGACGCCCGCUGCGUGGACCUGCUGGUGGAGCACGGCGUCAACGUCACCUGCCGCUACCGCCUGCCCGUGCCCGAGCUCAUCGCCGAGCUCAAGAACCACGAUGGCUUGAUUGUUCGGUCUGACACCAAGGUCACUGCUGAAGUGCUGGCUGGAGCACCAAACCUGCGUAUUGUUGGUCGUGCUGGCACUGGAGUUGACAACAUUGAUAUUGAGGCAGCCACUCGAAAGGGUGUUAUAGUACUAAACACUCCAGGUGGAAAUUCUAUCAGUGCCUGUGAACUGACCUGCUCUCUCAUUAUGUCUCUUGCAAGGAAUGUGGCCCCAGCCUGCCAAUCUUUGAAGGAAGGGCGAUGGGAUCGCAAGCUCUACACUGGCUGUGAGCUGUCUGGCAAGACUCUGGCCGUACUGGGUCUUGGACGCAUUGGCCGAGAAGUUGCCUCUCGUAUGCAAGCAUUUGGUAUGAAGACUGUAGGCUUUGAUCCCAUGGUAACAGCAGAAGGAGCAGCAUCAUUUGGAGUCCAAAAGAUGGAACUGGAUGAGAUUUGGCCCGUGGCUGACUUCAUCACAAUCCACACACCACUCAUUCCCCAGACAAGAAAUCUCAUUAACGAUGCUGUAUUCAAUAAGUGCAAGAGGGGUGUGCGGAUUAUUAACUGUGCCCGAGGAGGCAUUGUGGAUGAAGCAGCUCUUCUACAAGCUCUUAAUGAUGGACGUUGUGGUGGAGCAGGACUGGAUGUUUUCAUUGAGGAACCGCCUCGUUCUGAGCCAACUCUUUCCCUCAUUCGCCAUCCAGCUGUCGUAGCAACACCUCACCUUGGGGCAAGCACACAAGAGGCACAGCAACGCGUUGCAGUUGAGAUUGCUGAACAGUUCUUGGCCUUAGCAACCAAUGUGCCUCCUCACGUCAGAUCAGAGUUCACAGUCACAGGUGUCGUGAAUGCACCUGUGCUGGCAGCCACCAUGAAUCAAGGCAAUGUGCCCUGGAUCAGCCUGGCCAAGGAACUGGGCAAACUCAGUGCGCGCAUGAUUCAAGGAGCUGUGCCCAAGACUACCAUCCAAGUUGUUACAACAGGUGAAGGAAUGGAGAACAUGAAGUUCUUGACCACUUCAGUCCUGGCAGGAAUGCUUGCAGGACACACCAGUAAUGGGCUUAACCUCAUUAACGCACCCACUCUGGCAAAGGAAGCUGGCAUUUCUGUGGCAUUAACUCACAACGGUGGAGACCUGCGCACAGUUCGUGUUACUACUGUCCACCCACAGGCUGGCACUCAUUCAGUAAUAGGUACUGUGAAAGCUGACGAUUUGCCUUAUCUGUUGGCAAUUGAUGAUGCCCGCUUCGAGCAAGGAGUGCUGGUAGGCUCCCACCUGGCACUAUUCCAAGGACAGGACACCCAGGUCAACUUGGGCACUGUAGUGAGUGCUUUGAUCCAGAGUGGAGCUAUCAUCACCAGUGUAGCCACAGCUGUUGGAAAGAACGCGUGGUUUGCUGUGCACACAGCACAAGAUGUGCCAGUCAUUAGCAUUCCCGGAGUGGUUGCAGUGUGAAUAUCACAGUGACACAUUUAUUUUUUAUAAGGAUUUGCUAUCAGUAUGAGCUUUUUUGAAUCAGUAGACACAUUUGCUGUGAAAUAUUAAUUUUGCGGACAAGUGAAAAAUGCCAAGUGAUUGUUUUUUUUGUUCUGAGACAAAAGAGUGUUGGUGCAAUUCUCACCAUUAUCUACUUUUUGCUGAGUCAAGCAAUCAAGGCAAAAAAGGACCAACUAUUAUAUGAGAAAUGAUAAUAUCAAAUUCUCUGAUGUGUAGAGUACAAGUGAUAUUGAAUGCACAAAGAAAAACUUCAUCUUCAACACCCUUUCUAGGCAGGGAAUGUGUUCAGACCUGAGGUUUGAACUUCCAAGAAUAUGAGUUUAACAUUCAGACCACAAUGAAAGAAAUCAAUUUGGAUAAUAACAAACAAUAAAAAAAGAAAGAAAUCUAAUUGAUGGAACUCUGCAAGAGUCUAUGCAGCCAUAGUAUGCUCAAUAUCGGAAUGAUUAACCUUGUAGUGAAAUUUGAAACUGAACUUCGGUUAAUCAUCAGAAACACAGUAUAAUAAGAGCUGUUUUCUUUUAUUAUGCAUGUGUUUCACGUAUAAAAUACGUACCUGAUAUUUUAUAGGCAGUAUAGAUUAAUAAUUCAAAAAAAACAUACUUGUGUUUUAGACUGUUGAACAUUAUGUUCUAAAGAACUGUUUGAUAUAUAUGUGUUGUGUUCUUGUUAACUUAUAUGUAUGAAAUAUUUAAUUAACUAUAGGUUGCUAUAAUUUUAUAUCAAAAUAACUCUAGUAUUUCUUAUAAAAAAGUUAUAAUGUUUUUUUGAACAUCAUAUCAAUGUCCUGAUCAAUAAACAUUGAAACAACUGAAA